ACCAGAAACUGUCAUGAUCUCCCACUGCUGUUUAGAAAACCUUUAUUUUUGGUCUAUUUAGACAAACAUCUGUCCCUGAAAACGCAGUUGAGUCAUAAAUGGUGGUUAAUGAGUAACAGGCCACAACCGUUUCCCCUGUUAGGGAAAGACUAACAAGUGGAGUGGUUGUUCGGUCUGACACAACAGGAAAAGGGUUUUCGGAGGCGAGUUCCGUCUAAACUGCCAGUUAUGGGCAAAGAGAAGAGCAAGUCUGGGCCUUUGGCUCGAAGGCCCGACAACUCUGCCUUCAAACAGCAGCGCCUACCGGCCUGGUCUCCCAUGCUAACCGCUAGCGCCGUGCUGCCGUUCUUCUACCUGCUGGCUUUGAUCUGCAUGCUGCUGGGCGUGUGGCUGCUGCUCACGGUCCAAAACACUCAGGAAAUGAAGGUGGACUACACGGAGGCCGGCAGCUGUAAUCUCUGUUUUGAAAUGAGGAAGAACGUGAGCAAUGCAGGGCAGAGGUGCACCUGCAUGAUCAUGUUUUCCAUCGAGAAAGCCUUUAAGGGGGACGUCUUCAUCUACUACGGGCUCAGAAACUUCCACCAGAACCUCCGCAGGUACAUGGACUCUAGAGAUGAUGGCCAGAUGCUUGGAAGGAAGAGCAACUUAAAGAGUCCCAGCAGUUACUGCAAACCAUUUGACGUGGAUGAGAAAGGGGUCCCCAUCGCUCCCUGUGGCGCCGUGGCCAACAGCAUGUUUAACGACUCCUUCAUUCUGACCUAUUACACCAUCAACGGUCCGACCGUCGUUCCGCUCUUACGGAAAGGCCUCACGUGGUACACGGACAAAAACGUCAAAUACCGCAACCCCAAAAUGGACAACCUGACUCUGCCGGAGGUGUUUGAAGGUACAACACGGCCUCCUUACUGGCAGAAGCCCGUCUACCAGCUGGAUCCUUUCGACCCGAACAACAACGGCUUCAUCAACGACGACCUGCUUGUUUGGAUGAGGGAGGCGGCUUUCCCCAACUUCAAGAAGCUCUACGGGUUUUUAUACCGGGCCAACAAACCCUUCACCAAGGGGCUUCCAGCAGGAAACUACAGCGUCACCAUUUCCUACAACUUCCCCGUUCAGUACUUCAAAGGCAGAAAGGAAGUGGUUCUGACCACAGUGAGCUGGUUUGGAGGCCAGAACCACUUCCUGCCCAUCGCUUACCUGGUGACGAGCGGCCUCAUCCUGCUGACGGCCGUCGUCCUCACGGUGGUCUGGUGGAAGUUUGGGAAGGACGGGAAGAACAUGGCGGAUUGAGGAAAAACACCAAGAUGGAAACCUGUUUGAGUAAUUUAGAAAAAAUGCAAGAAAUAUAUUUCUAAAAACAAAUUAUGGUUUUUGAUGUAAUAAUUUAUUAAGGAUGAAAGAACUUUGAUUUUAGUCAUAAUUUGGGCAAUUAAGGGGGGAAAAAGCAGCAGGUAAACCAAACCCUGUGCUGCUUUUGGCUGCUUGUCACUGCAGAAAGCAGCAGCAGUUUUUAAAUUGUUUUAAUCAUGUAAAAAUGCUAGCUGUGAUCAGACCUGCUCAAAAAGAAGACCUGCAUAGAGACCUGUCAGAACUAUCACAAUCAUGUGUAGCUACCAUUGACGGUAUUCAUCACUGGACGGAAUGACUCCUCCCCCUGGCGUUCCAAACAGGAAGUACCAGCUGGCUCCAAAAAAUCCAAAUCCCAUUGACCUCUAUAGAGAAAAACAGCUGUUCCUCAGUGAUUCUAUUGGUCAGACUCAUAAUUCUUGUUCUUAAACCUUUUUAACGUCUUGCUAAUCCUAAUUUUUUUAUCAUUCAAGUUAUCAACUGACAAAUCAGAUGCCUCAGUUAAAACAUGUGGUGCCCGCUGGCCCCCACCUUCAUGUUUGAUUGACAGAUUGUCCCAAACGGCUUUCAGUGGAAGGGGAGUGGACUUCAAACAAGCUUACUCCAUAUUGGUAACAGUAACUGCCUUACAAAUGUUGACUUGGACCGUCUCGGGGCCAAUCCCUGUUGACUGACUCCAAAUGGUGGCGCCCAAAUGACAGAAAAAUUGCGACUGAAUUGGCUUCAUUUCGCUGGAGCCGGAGGAAAGGCAUUUUCCCUGAGUGAUGUCACACCUGCUCUGUCCAGCGAUUUACCGUCCAUGGUAGCUACACAGCCCUGCGUCAGACUGGCGACCUGUCCAGGGUGUCUUCUGCCUUCGCCAACGAGUGGGCGGGAUAGGCUCCAGCAGCCCCAUGACCCCGAAAGGGACAAAAACGGGUUUUAGCCACACAAGUCCCUACAACCGUUUGAGGUCUACGUAUAAAACAUGCUACAAGUUAAACUUUGACCAAACAGGGACUUGGAAACUUGCCAAACUCUGAGUAGCUGGUUUAUCUGGAGAAUUCAGACACAGCGAUAAGCCUGACGAGGUUUUUUUGUUUUUGUUUUUCAAAUAAAGAUAAACCAAGGCCACUCCAAAUCCAUAUCCGCCAUUGCAAGGAUGCUAGCAAUAAUCCCAACUGUUUCCAAUGUGUGCUCAAAUGAUGAGAUUUUUACUGUCGACAUUUCGUAACGAGCCUCUAGGGGGCAGACGUGUGCUAGUUAACAGGAAUUCCUUCCCAGCUUGUCCAACGCUCUGACGCUUCAGGUUUACAGCUCCUUUAUGUUUACAAACGUUUGAGUUAAGGUGGACUCCAAAACCUGUUUAAUGAUUUUAAUAAAACAUUCUUAAAAAAAUGA